AUGGCUGGUGAAAUUGUAUUUGAUGCAUUAGACAAUCAGGCUGUUUUGAACGUAAACAGGUUUGAAGUGAACACCACAUUUGUACAAUCGGCAAAGGAUCAGUGCAUCACUCCGAUUAUCAGAAAGGCAUUCACAAAUGGUGAACCUAUGAACAUAGACGCUGUUCCAGAACUUGUGUGGAAAGGUUCUGUAACAUUCACAGAACAGGGACAAUUGUGUAUUACGACUGUGGGUUUUCAAAACUCGAACACGUCAAGCACUCGUGUCGAGUCCGAGACAACACCAACAAAGUUGCCACGCAUCGUAUACAACAGUGAUGAGUCGUUGUUGUCAUGGAUGUUUGUUGAAAUGCGAGAUACACCGGGAGUGUAG